UCAUCAUCUUCUCCCAAUUUUGCCCCCCAGUUCAUUGGAUUACGCUCACAAUCAAGCCUACACCUGAAUAACACUACUAAAGAUGACUCAAACGUCACUGCAAUUAGUAAUACAAUCAAUUAGGUCACAUCAUUGAAAUCAAUUCUGGACGAUUGGAUGGCAGCAACCCUAAUUCUCCCGGUGAAGAAGACGAACCGUACAAAUGAUUUAUAUCCCGUUUCAUCAGAUUGUUAUAAAGGAGGGCUCCUCCUUCGUUCUCUCUCUCAAAUCCCCCAAUGGAGUUCUGGUUCAGUGGAGUUCAAGAGACGCCGGUGGGUAGUGCAUCCGGUGCUGGAUUUGUUUCUACGGCUAACAACGAACAGUAGCGGACCAUGACUCUAUUUUGGUGUUCUGCAAACGCUUCAUUAUUUAGUCGAUUCGUGUGAUCGUUGCCCCCUUCUUCUUCUUCAUCUUCGGUGAAAACUAUGCCAACGACUUUGAUGUUUGCAUGUUCUUUGUAACUUCUAAUGUGGUUUAAUAUAUCAGUAGAGUUGAUUUUGGUGACAGGCGCUGUUUUGUCAGCGGCAGCCUUUGAGUUUUGAUUACUCUCAAAACCGUUGAGCUUGCAUUAGCUUUACAGGACCAACUACAUUGAAUUGGAAGUUGUUUCAGAGUAGGCGUACCCUAAUGCACUUUCAACCAUUCAAACUUCAAUUAAUGUUGCGGUAUCACGUAAUGGUCGCAAUGCAGCCUUGGUUAUUCGCUUUCAUUUUCAUGAUUGUUUCGUUCAGGUUAUGAUCUUUAUUCCAUUCCAUUAUGCUUUUUUUGGUCAUUAGACAUAAGAACAUGCAGUUUUAAUGAUAAUCUUUCCUUGCAAAUUGCAUCAACUACCCGAGUUUGAUCAGGGGAAAAGAAGCUGUCGCAGACGGUUGGCUGGGCACAAUGAACGUAGAAGGAAGCCAACAUCUGGAACUCUGCUAUCUGCUCGCUAUGGAAGUCUCCCCACCCCUAUUUUUGAAAACAAUGGUAAUUCUGGAGGCUUUGUGAUGGAAUUUUCAUCAUGCUCAAGAGGGAAGGUUCACUGGCCUAACACAAGAGCACCGCCUACUGCCACCACGAAACUGCCGCCACCUUACAUCAAUCCAAACGUGCCACCUGGACCCGGAGGAUGUUUUAACGGAGUUCAAGAUUCCAAUUGUGCUCUCUCUCUUCUGUCAAAUCACUCAUCAGCUUCAAGAAACCAGGCCUUGACCCAUGAGAACUACGUCAAUCCUCAUGCUGAUGCUGGCUCGGGUGCACACAUGGUUCAACCACCAACUGAGACCAUGGUUCAGGGUCAGGGUCACUUCUCAACGGGUUGGGCUUACGACACUGAUGAAUCCCAUUUGGGUUUGGGUCAAAUCUCGCAGUCCAGCGGCUUUUACAUGGUUGUGAUGCAUCUCUUUUGCUAGGAGGUGCUGGCAGUGAGGAGGAGUCACCAGCCAAUGAUGGUGUGUUGGGAUAUGAUGUUAUAGAUGAUGCUAAAGCGACUCGCAAGAACUCUCGAUUAAAUGCAGACGUGGAUCGGAAAUGAUUGGUCGUGGCUUGUUCAUGAAGAAGGCUCAACGAAGGGACGGACAAAUUUGUCGAGCUGGUUUUUUGUAUAUAUAAAUUUACUACUAGAGUUGCAAAUAAAUAGUGUAAUGGAUACAUUCUGUAGUUCGCUUUAUAUCUACUUCAAAUGAUUGGUGGUGGUUUGUUCAGGAAACCUAUCGCGUAACUUGUUAUUUGGAUCUCAUGUGUUUGGCUUGGGUCUCAAUAAUAGAGUAUA